AUGACCGAGCUUUCUAUGAAUGACCAAAUAAAGAUGGCAUCUGAAUGGGGUUACAACCAAGAAGACAUAAUUGCCGCUCUUAAAGAAAACUCUAAAGAUGGAUCAAAAGACUUUGAGAGAUUUGAAAACUUUGAUGUAAUGUUAGAUAUUUUGAAUCGAGUCUCUGGAAGGGGAGAACCCAGAUCGAGCCGGAAACAUCAUCAUCCAGGAGACUUGAUGUCAACAUCUGUAACAACUCUUCAUCCACAUAGCAGCUCAUCUAAACCCCAUCGAAACCUAUCUGUAGGAAGAUCAUCCUCGUUCCAUUUGUCAACCCCAAAAAGUACCCGAGACUCUCACGACAUUGUUCGUCUCCUCGCAACACUGGAAAAAGAGAAAGAACGAGAUCGAAAGGAGGUGGACAGCCAGUUCACUAUCCUCAAGAAUAGAAUAAAUCAUUUGGAGAAUGAAAAAGAACAACUUCUGGGCGAAGUUCAAGAUUUGAAACGGUCCUUCGAGGAUUCGGAGCAGGAUUUGAAAGACUGUAGAGAAGAAAUGAAUCGGUUGAUGGAGGAGAAAAUCGAGGCCGCUGAUAAGUUGGAUAAGAUGACAAUUCAAAACUACCGUCAACAACAAGAGAUUCAUGACCAAAAAGAGCUGUCUGAGCAUCGUAAAAAAAUUUAUUCGGAGGAAAAGGCGCGUCGAGACGAGGAGAUUUUGAUACUUCAAAAGCAGAAGACCGACGUCGAAGGGGAGCUAGAACGGAAGAGCGCGCUUCUGGAUGAGCAGACAAAUGUGACAAAACGUUUAGAGGAGAAGAGCUAUCAGUUGAAACCUUUGGUAUUACUUGAUGAACUCGCUAAAAAGCAAAGUCAACUGGUUGAUCUGUCCACUGAAUUCCUUCCCAACAUUAAUGCUGUGAAAUCGUUGUAUAAACAAUUGUUCGACAGUUUCCCACAACUGGAAGCCAACGUCACUGAGACAAAACACUCCAUGGAACGUCGGGUUGAGGAAGUCGAGGAGCAACUUCGAUGCCGCAAUCGUGAUUUCCAACGUCUUCAGGAAAAGUUGGUAGCUGAGUGUUGCAUCUGUUUGGCGACAAAACCAUCCAUCGUUUUCAUGCCUUGCCGUCAUUUGAUCACAUGUUCCGAUUGCUAUGAUGCCAGCGAUUUCCGAGAGUGUCCAACGUGUCGGUCGACUAUUGAAAACUCAAUUACAGUAUUCUUGUAA